UACAUAAUUUUUCAUGGUAGUAAAGUAUACGAAAUGGAACAUUUUAGAUAAUGUAUUAUUGCGAAAGACGACGACAUGGUCCAAACAAAUCAUUAACAAUACCUAUUCAUCCAUAUACACAAAAAAAACAGAUAGUGGACCUACGUCUGUGACAUUGUGUAUAUAUAUACAACGUACGAAACUAGUACGUACCUCUCUACAAUUUCAUCUCACACUAACCUCCAAAAAACGUCUCUCUUCUUCUUUCAUAUCUCAUAUCUUUCAUAAAUCAUAACCAUGAUGAAGAGCAAGCUGAUGACAAAGGCAUGGAAACAAGUGUCAAGCAGAGUAGCCAAACAUCGGGCCGCCGCCAAGGAACCCCAUAUACCACAUGACGUACCAAAGGGACACCUAGUGGUGUACGUAGGCAAAGAAGAGGAGAGUUACAAGAGGUUCGUGAUCAAGAUCACGUUGCUGUACGAUCCCACCAUCAGGGCUUUGCUUGAUCAAUCAAAAGACGAAGCUUACGAUGAUUUCACUUCCGGAUAUUCUAAGCUCUGUAUACCUUGCGAUGAAACUCUCUUCCUCGAGGUCCUCCGUUGCGCUUCUCCCCGUUAG